AAUUGCCACAUCACGCUUCGAGUUUUAUCCAACCACCGGCGGCCGCCCCCAACAAGCUGAGCUGUUUGGCACAGUAGAUUGGCCCCCACUCUCCUCUCUCUCUCUCUCUCUAAAAAGCCUGACCGUGUAUUUGUUUUUUCGUUUGAACUUUUCUUUCUCUAGCUUCACCUUCCAAUCCAUAUAAAAUCAAAGCACAAGACCAGAGGCCAAAAAUUUUCUGUACUUGGGUUUAUCCUUUUUCCGUAUUUGGGUUUAUCCUCCUCCUCCUCCUCCUCCUCUCAACCCAUACUCAAACCCUUUCCCCUCUCUCUCUCUCUCUCUGUGUCUGUCUCCAGUUAAAUAUCAAUAAAAAAAUGCCUUGGUGGGGAAGAAAAUCUACCAAGAACAAAGAAUUAGUACAAAAUGAUUGGGGUAACCAAAAUUUGAGCAAAUCUUCGAUCAAAAAUGAUAACAAGAGGGCAAAGGACAAGGCCAAUAGCUUUGACGAAGUCUUGGUUUCGAGAAAUUCGCCUCGGAACAGCAGGGAUUUCAGUGGUAGUGGUGGUGGUGGUAGUAGUAGCAGUGGUGGCCUUCCUCUGCCGCGGCCUUCGAUUUCAUCUACCCCAUCUUUGGGGGGGAUUGAUCAUGGCGUUGGGGUUGGGGUUGGGGUUGUUGGGGUUGGAUUCGGAUCUGGGUCUGUUUCGGUGUCCUCGAGUGUGAGCUCAUCUGGGUCUUCUGAUGAUCAGACUCAUCUUGAUCAUGCCCAAUUUAGUAUUUUCAGAGGACAUGGUGAGACCAGGCUCAGCUCAAUGCCAAGAAGCCCUGGUCCAGGGUCAAGAGGGACUACCACCACCACAUCACCUCUUCAUCCACGAUUUAAUGGUACAAGUUUGGAGUCUCCAACUGGAAGGCAGGAAGAGGGGAAGGGUGAAUGCCAUCGGCUGCCUCUUCCACCGGGUUCUCCUACGAGCCCUUCUGCUUUGCCUAACACAAGAACUUGUAUAGUAUCUGAGAACUCUAAUUUGUCAAAAUGGAAGAGAGGAAGGCUUCUAGGAAGAGGCACUUUUGGGCAUGUUUACCUUGGAUUUAACAGUGAGAGCGGGCAACUGUGCGCAAUAAAAGAGGUCAGGGUAAUUGCGGAUGAUCGGACAUCAAAAGAAUGUCUGAAGCAACUGAACCAGGAGAUCACUUUGCUUCGUCAUCUUUCGCAUCCAAACAUUGUUCAAUACUAUGGAAGUGAACUGGGUGAAGAAACUUUGUCUGUUUAUUUGGAAUAUGUCUCUGGUGGUUCCAUCCACAAAUUACUUCAAGAAUAUGGACCCUUUAGGGAGCCUGUUAUCCAAAAUUACACUAGACAGAUUCUCUCUGGGCUUGCUUACUUACAUGGACGGAGUACUGUGCAUAGGGAUAUCAAAGGGGCAAACAUAUUAGUAGAUCCCAUGGGUGAAAUCAAGCUUGCGGACUUUGGCAUGGCCAAACAUAUAACUGCUUGUUCUUCAAUGCUUUCUUUCAAAGGAAGCCCUUUCUGGAUGGCGCCUGAGGUCAUAAUGAAUACAAAUGGGUACAGCCUUCCGGUGGAUAUUUGGAGCUUAGGGUGCACAAUUUUGGAAAUGGCAACAUCAAAACCACCUUGGAGUCGUUAUGAAGGGGUAGCUGCAAUAUUUAAAAUUGGAAACAGCAAGGAUGUUCCAGAAAUUCCUGACCACCUUUCAAAUGAUGCCAAAAAUUUCUUAAAGCUUUGCUUACAACGGGACCCAUCAGCACGCCCUACAGCCUUCCAACUCCUAGAUCACCCUUUUGUUCGAGACCAAGGGACUACAAGAGUUGGCAACAUCAACUUAACCAAGGAAGCCUUUCCUCGCCGUGAUGGAAGUCGCACACCGCAGACAGCAUCAGAGCUACGCUCGAACCGGACAAAUACAAAUGUUUUUGAUGGAGGCCAUUUGACAAAACCAGUGGUCACAACAACCUCAAGAGCUUUGAUGAGUCCGAGGGAUAGUGCAAGAAUGAUCACAUCUUUGCCGGUGUCUCCAUGUUCAAGCCCAUUGCGACAAUCUGGACCAGCAUACAAGAGUUGUUUUCUGUCUCCUCCGCAUCCAUCUUUUUCUUUGGUAGGGCAUAGUGGUUACAAUUUUAAUGACUACUCAUUGUUUCCCACGAGAUCCAACACAAAGUUCUCUCUUGACCCAUGGCGAGAAAUCCCCCAGUUUAAAGCCCAAACGCCCCCCAGUGGAUCCCCAAGAGAAAGACCCAUUUGAUUGGGGAUUAUUAAGAUGAUGGAGGGAAAUCUCUCGUAUGUACCAUCCCAAAAUGCGUUGCAGGAGUUUUGGGUGGGGGGGGGGAGACAAACAUACAUGAAAUGUAAGAGUUUGACAAUUUUCUUUGCUCUCACCAAGAAUAGAAUUUGGUCGGGCUGAAUGGUAAAGAUAGAAAGAAGAGUUGCUAGUUUGUUUAUCCCUUGAGCUUGAUUGGAUGGCAACACAAAGGGAUGAUGAGUUGGGGAGAGGAAUUUAUAUAGGUCAAGUAACUGAGUAAAUUCCUUGACGAUGUUGUAGCAAUCUUUUAUCUGUAUCUUUAUCUCAACUCCUGGCUCCUGAUUGAUGUAAAUGGGAAGGUGGUCAAGAUGAUGAUUAAAUAUAUAUAUAUACUGUUUGUGAAUUGUUUGUUGUUAA